AUGUCGGGUGGUGAUUCAACCGGAUUCGAUGAAUGGACCGAGAGCACGGCUCUCCUUGGUCAGCACAGACGGAUUUCUGACCCAACCGCGGCCGACGCGACAGCUGCUCUUGCUUACAAAAGCGGCUACAUCUCCCAGCGACUGGAGGUCGUCUUGUCCCAGUGUCAAACUGAUGGCGAGAUCGACCGUGAGAUGUGGGACGACUUCGAAAUCCACCGUCGCUCCGCGGAUACAUACAUGAAUCAAUAUCUGGACUGCCUGCAGCAGGUGCAGGAGCAACGUUCCGGGCAUGUGCGUGAGAUUGAUGACUUGGAUGAUGGGGUCCCUCCUACAGGCAAGCGAGCACCGGAUUCAAGCGUCGUGACGAGGAAGGAAUGGCGGCUCAAGAUCUCGCGAGACGCUCUGGCUCGUGAUCUGCUGGCCAUGCACGAAACGCUCGAGUUCCUCAAGAUGAGAACUGCUCCGCCGCCGAGGAAAGGUGCUCUAUCCAUCUCUGCAUUGACGAUUUCUGCAGCCACGCUUGGCUGCAUUCUGUGGCGGAACUCCCAUCGCAAAGAGGCUAUCGGCGUCCUCGCGGCCGACGUGGCUGGGGUUGCGUGUUACUACUCGUCCGAGAUGUGGAAAUGGCUCAGGACAAGGUCGAUUGAGCACGUCCAAGAGAAUGUCGAGGCUUUGUUUCGGCGUCUCAAUAGAGGCGAGGUGGACGAACAGAACCGAGGUCUUCACGGAAUGUCGCCUUGGAUGGUAGAUCAGUUUAGAAAAUGA